CACGCGGCGGCAUCUGGCCUCACUGGUAUCGAAUUGCUCCCGUCAUAUACACUCUGCUCAGUCUGGAUAGGCGCACGGAAUCUGGGUCGUGUCUAGGAAGGUAACAUGAGCGGACAGGGUGGCCAAGAUGCCAAGUUCUUCCAGCGGGGCAAGAUCCAGGAAUUCCGCGCCGAGCUGGAGGCGGCGGAGACCAAGGACAAGAAGUUCACGAAGCGGAAGACUGUGCUGAAGAAGAUUGUUGCGAAUAUCACUAUGGGCAAUGACAUGUCUCCACUAUUCACUGAUGUCGUACAAUCUCUGGGGACACCAUUGUUGGAAAUCAAGAAGAUGGUCUACCUCUUCCUAGUAUGCUAUGGACGCCAAAAGGCAGACCAGCUACAUCUCGUCAUUCCAAGUUUCCUCCAGGACUGUAACGACCGCAACCCCCUAGUUCGCGCCUUGGCUAUUCGGACUAUGUCCUAUAUACCCACUCCCGUAGUCAUCGAGUCCCUGACCGAUCAGCUACGACAUUGCCUCAAGGACCGCGACCCCUACGUCAGGAAAACUGCUGCGAUUUGUGUCGCGAAACUCUACGCCGCGGAUCCACGGAAGGCGGAGAAGGGUGGCUUCGUGGAGAUGCUACGCGACCUGCUUCUUGACGCAAAUGCAACCGUAGUCGCCAACGCCGUCGCAGCUCUGUCAGAGAUUGGGGAUCGACAAGACGGCGUUAUCUUCAAGCUGAACCUGACGGUGGCAAACAAGCUCUUGACUGCCCUUGGUGAGAGUUCGGAAUGGGGUACCAUAUACAUUCUAGACUCGUUGCUCCGAUAUGUUCCAGAAAAGCACGAAGACGCGGAGAUGAUAGCAGAGCGUGUCAUCGUUCAGCUAAAUCACGCGAACUCUGCUGUUGUCCUGACCGCGAUCAAAGUCCUGCUGUACCUCAUGAACUAUAUGGACAACCGGAAGAUCAUGGAGUACAUCUGUAGGAAGAUGGGCCCACCACUAGUGACCCUGCUAUCCUCGGGACCGGAAGUGCAGUAUGUUGCUCUGCGCAAUAUCCUUCUCAUAAUCCAACGGCGACCAGCCGUGCUCAAGAACGAUGUCAAAGUCUUCUUCUGCAAGUAUAACGACCCUAUAUACGUCAAGCUAGCCAAGCUUGAGAUCAUGUACCGGUUAGCUCGUGAUGAGAACGCGCGAGAAGUCCUAGCAGAGUUGCAAGAGUACGCUUCUGAAGUCGAUGUGGACUUCGUCCGCAAGGCCGUUCGAUCAAUCGGUAGACUCGCGAUCAAGGUCCAAGCCGCAGCGGAUGCUUGCAUACAAGCGCUUCUCGAGCUCAUCGAGACGAAAGUGACCUACGUCGUCCAGGAGGCCGUGAUCGUCAUCAAGGACGUCUUCCGUCGAUACCCAGGCAAGUACGAAGGCAUCAUCCCGACACUCUGCGAGCACCUAGACUCGCUCGACGAGCCCGAGUCCAAGGCCGCGAUGAUCUGGAUCGUCGGGCAGUUCGCGAACCGCAUCGACAACGCCGACGAGCUCAUGGACGAUCUCACAUACACCUUCCUCGAGGACCCCACGGAGGUGCAACUGGCGUUGCUGACCGCUGCGGUCAAGCUGUUCAUCUACAAGCCGCACUCGGACACGACGAAGGCGCUCGUGCACAAGGUGCUGAAGUGGGCGACGGAGGAGGUGGACAACCCGGAUCUGCGCGACCGCGGGUUCAUGUACUGGCGCAUGCUCGCGAUCAACCCCACCGUCGCCGGGCAGGUCGUCCUCGCCGAGAAGCCCCCGAUCACGACAGAUGCCGAUCGUAUGGACCGCGGCGCGCUUGAUCAGCUCCUGCUGCACACCGGGACGCUGGGCAGCAUCUACCACAAGAACCCAGAGACAUUCAUCCGCAACGCUACCGGCAGGGCCCUCACAGACAGCCCAGCCCUCAACCCGCUCUCCCGACAAGUGCUCGUUCCCAUCGCGCGUACCAACCUCCCGCCGACGUCCAUCCACGUCCCAGGCCCGGGGCCUCCAGAGCCGUCCAAGGACGCCCCGGCUACCGCGGACCUGCUGCAGGCGGAAGUGCCGGCAGCACCUUCCAACGGGGCGGUUGGCACGAAUGGCGCGAACGGGUCAAACACCGACCUUAUGGCCACAAGCUCAUCGCAGGAGAGCCCGGAGGACGUUGGAGACGACGACGAGGCGCCCGCUCAAGCACGGCCGUCAGACCCCUACGCGGGCCUCGAUAACGCGUUUGGAGGAUACAUAGGCGACGAGCCGCGACCGCAGGGCAACGACUUGCUGGACAUGCUCUGAGGGGGAGGAGAUGCUGGAGGUGCUUGUAAUUUAAGACCGAGUGUUGUACUUACCAUCCGUUUGCGAGCCUGAUGAUGAUACCAAUGACCACUGC